UGGCACUGGUUUUCAAUCGGUUCUAUAUUUGUUCACGCCUGUAGUGUAUUCUGUUUACUACAGGUCUGCAGAAGGACUGGAGACCAAACUAGGUUCAUGUUCUGUAAAAGGUGUGAUGGUGCAUACCAUUGUUACUGCCAGCAACCUCCGCACAAGAAUGUGGGCAGCGGACCUUAUUUAUGCCCCAAACAUACAAGGUGUCACAGCUGUGGAUCUAAUGUCCCUGGAAACGGUCUAAGCACACGGUGGUUUCUAGGUUAUACUUGCUGCGAUGCUUGUGGAAGGUUGUUUGUAAAGGGAAACUACUGCCCUGUUUGUUUAAAGGUUUACAGAGAUUCUGAAUCAACACCUAUGGUUUGCUGUGAUGUUUGCCAGCGCUGGGUCCACUGUCAGUGUGAUGGGAUCAGUGAUGAAAAAUAUCUGCAGUUUCAAGUGGAUGGAAAUCUUCAAUACAAAUGUGCCACCUGCCGUGGAGAGUGCUACCAGGUGAGUAAUCUUGAGGAAGCUGUUCAGGAGCUUUGGAGGAGGAGAGACGAAACCGACCGCGAUUUAAUUGCAAGCUUGAGGGCUACUGCUGGAUUGCCAACUCAAGAAGAAAUAUUUUCUAUCUCACCUUAUUCAGAUGAUGAAGAAAGUGGCCCUAUUAUGUUAAAGAAUGAAUAUGGUCGUUCCUUGAAAUUUUCUCUUAAAGGGAUAGUGGAUAAAUCACCAAAGAAGACUAAGGAAUAUGGAAAGAAAUCUUCCAAUAAGAAGUAUGCUAAGAAGAAGGGAUAUCAUUCAUCUUUAAUCAGCAAGUCAGAAGCUCAUAAUAAUUUUGAAGGACAUCGUGAUCCCCCAUCAUUUGGGUACAGUGGGAUUGAUGAUAAGAAUGAUGACAUGCAGUCCCAUAGAAGUGAACCUUUUUCUUCUCCUGUUGCUGGAAGUUUAAGUGAAGGGAUAUGCUCUAUCAAUCAGGCAGCUGUCCUGAAACACAGUUUUAUUGAUGAGGUUACAGCAGGCAAUGCAAAUAUGAAAUCAAGAAUGGUUCAAAUUAAUAGUAAACCUCAAGGCUUUGGUAUUGGGGGUGAUGCUGGAAAGGAUGCUAGCAAGUCCAAGGCCACAAACACAAAGGGCCCAAAGCUUGUUAUACAUUUGGGUGCACGGAAUAGAAAUUUAACUAGUUCUCCAAGGUCUGACGCUUCAAGCUAUCAAAAAGAGCAAGAAUUAACAACUUCCAAUGGCAGUGAAGAUGUUGGUCAAGAGCAAAUAGAUAACAGGCAAAUGUUGGACGGACGUGCAAAAUUUGACGGUCCUAAAGGAGAUAAAGAAGUUCACUCUGACCAACUAAAAGGUCCAAAGUCGAGAGGAAAAGAAGGCAACUUAAUAAAGAUCAGAAAAAUAAACUCAGAAUUUGCUGACAUAAAGCCUAAAUUUGGUGGAGGUAAUAUGGCUGAUGAACAUGAAUCUGUUUCUCUGGUGAACCCACUUGUUUCCUUGGGAAAACGAAGCAUUGAAGAAAGUAAAGCUGUGUCGGAGACUGCAGCUGAUGUCCCUGCAAUUAGAAGUGACAAGGUAUCUUUAAGGAAGAACAUGGAAGGUAGGCCUGAUGAUAGCACUCACACACCUUCAGGCUCACAAUUUUUGCCGAGGGAUUCCAAGCCUUUGCUGAAGCUUAAGUUCAAGAAUCCUUAUCAUGAAAAUCAAAAUUCUUGGGCUCCUCAUGUUGAGGAUGAGAAGAGUUCUGUUAAGGGCCAAAGGUCUAAAAGAAAGAGACCGUUGCCUUUCAUGGAGAAAACAUCGACUAAAGAGGAUGGGGAUGCGUCCCUGUGGGAUGAAGACAAUUCGAUGAAUGAGAUCAUGGAUGCUAAUUGGAUACUGCGGAAGUUGGGUAAAGAUGCAAUUGGGAAGAGAGUGGAAGUUCAUCAGCCAUCUGAUAAUACCUGGCAUAAGGGAAUGGUAAAAGGCGUCACCGAAGACACAUCCAUUGUAUCUGUUGCUCUAGAUGAUGGAAGGGCCAAAAACUUGGAACUCGAGAAGCAUGGAAUUCGAUUUGUUUCCCAGAAGCAAAAGCGGUGAACUACACAAAGGUUGAACUACUAGUCUGUGUAUAGUAGUAAAUACUAUCUAGAGACCAUCAUAUUCAUGGGAUCCUGCAAGAGCAGAAACCGUCAGAAGUACCCCGCGAUCAAUCUCAUGUGAGAAAGAGGUUUAUGUUUAGUUGAUAUGGAGUUCUCUGGUAUCUGAGGCUGCAACAAGAAGGUUAGAGCUUUUCUUAUUGCUGUUGUGGCCAGGUGGGGAUCAGUUGUACUAUCAAGAACUAACCUUUGGCCCAACUAGGUCUUACUUGGAAGGUUAGAAAAUAAUCUCAUUUUUUUUUUUUUUUGAGUUCUUAAUUUUUUUUGCCCCCCUCUUUGAGUGUAGUUGUACAUUUGGAGUCUUACUCAUCCUUGUUAACAUUUUUGUUUUAAAAAAAUUGUGUUGGAACUUGAAGUCUGGAAACAUUUAUUUAGGUACUCUGCUGUAACUUGGCGGGCAAUGACCAGCUCUUAAAAAUGUUAGCUUACAACCCAUUGAGGGCUGUUUUGGUUCUGUACACGCGUAAUUGCACCCUU